AUGCUGUCUUCUUCUUCUUCUUCUUCUGGUACAAACAUGACGCGUUUGAUUGCGGGAGGAAUUCUCCUGUUUAUCUUUGCAGCCUAUCGACAAAUGAGGCGGGUACCGUCAUUAAAGGAAAAGGGGGCCAGUAAGACGCAGUCUCUGAAAGACUUGUCUUCCUCGACGCCACGAGCCGCACAAGCCGUUCCAGUGGAAGUAGUUGUGGAAAAACUCCCAGAUGGGUGGUCCGCCGCACCGCCCAUUUAUUACCCACCUUAUUUGGCUGCUAUACCAUUUUUACAUUGUAAGAGUGUCAAAGAAGGUGUAUUAUCAGAAAAAAACAAUUUUAUUGUAUGCGAUGGGUCUCGCCUGCAUGUUGUUCAGGAGCCUAGAGGAACCGAAGAACUUGUGGCAUUUUAUACGCAGUAUAUUCAGGAUAUGCCUAUUUUAAAAUCGAUAGGUACCAAUGGAGCAGCGGUACGGCCUGUAAAGGAAGUAGGCUUUUCAUGUGAGUCUGGAUGCUUUACCCAUGCCGUUGUCAUUCCGGAGGAGGAAAUCGUUAUUGCUUUUGGUCGAAAUGGGCCAUACAUUUUAUCGUUUGUUUUUACAAAGUGUUUGACAUCACCUCUGAGGGCGGAAAACGAAAAAGACACGGUAGAGAAACUGAAUUCAGGUGAUUUACAAAUGUUACUUGAUGCGUGCCGCUUGGUGCCUUUGGUAGAUGGAGUGCGUCUGCCCGGCACCCCAGUGGGUUCCCAAAGGGGUUGUCUGAGGUUGAAGUAUCAGUACGGGGGUCACAUGCUCGUGUUUAGCCUUCCCUCCUCUGUAUCCGUGCGCACGAAUGAGGAAAAGAAUAAAAAAGGGAAUAAGGGCGCAUCUGAUGCUCUUUUUGUUCUCGAAGGAGAUGUCUUACCGGGGAAUAAGAUUGUUGUUGGUAGUGCUGCUUUGGACGCAAUUGUGAAGGGAACUUCCAUCGAUGCGCUAUUCCCGCUUUCCGCGCCCGGGUGCCCACCUCUGUCAUCGCUUCUCUCUCUGGAUGCGGUAGAAGAGUCCGCUUCCCCUAUCGCUGAUGGAGCCACGGAUCAUGCGACUCGGCCACGCGAAGAGGAUGCAAUGAACGUUGUAUUUUCUCAUGAAUAUCUCGGUGUCAGCUUUUCCGUCAACCCAAAAAACGGUUUUGUUUAUGAGCCAAUCCUUACGGAAGAUCUUCUUUUGCUGUACUACCCGUUGGGUGAUGAGGCCCACUACGCUCCGCCAUCAGGGCAAAUGAGGAACGUCGCACCCCCGCGAUUCUCCGUUCGACGCGUGACACAACUUUCGCCGCUAUGGGAGAAGUUUGUUUCUACAGAGGAUGAGUUGAAGCACAAUGUUCUUUUUCACUUUACGGAUUGGACCAAGGAACAAGUUCCGUGUUCACUGUGCGACAUUAGCGGAUUUAAGGGUAUCCAGUUGUUUGAAUCUAAGGAAGGGCACAGCUGCCGCUCAUACGUGAUACCGCGUGCGGACUCCAUUUUGGUGGUUCGCUGGGAAACAGAAACCAAGGAUUGGGAUAUGCAUUUGCCGCUUCUGCAGAAAUUUCUUGACACUCUGCAUUUAGCCGAUCCUUUGGCGUAA